AUGAAAACCGAAAGAUUCACUCGGGUUCCAGAGCGCGAAUUUACUGAACGUAAGGUGCGUGGUUUCAACCCGACCUCUGCCUCUCGACUUCCUCUGUCUAAGCUUGGGCAUGGCGUAUCCCCGACCUCGUGCUUCCUUCAGGUAGCACGGCAGCUAGGUACCAAAGGGUCGCUACAGCUGAACGAUCAUUAUUAUCAUUAUUGGUCCACGACCCUGUCAAAUAUGCCUCAUCUGCAAGUAUCUAAAACGUGCAAGCCAAUAACGGAGAACCGGUUGCUGAAAACUCUUCGACAGACCACGACCGGUUUCGCCCUUCCACUUCGGGCUCAUCAGGUAGGCGCAGUUUCCGUCAACCUUAUGAUCUACUUGAGCCCCAAUUGGACUGUUUUUGAGAAAUUCACUCAUUUGCAAAUCAAUUUGGUUUUCAAGAGAGACUCAAUCAAAUCUCUCAUUCACGAUAUUCCACAACUGAAUGUGCUGCACGCAGGCUGCCUCACGAUUCAGUUGGCAAGAUAUUCGAGAUAUCGCAAACUGACCUGUUACAAAUCUCGUAGAAAUCUGCAAAUCGAUUUGGUUUUCAUGAGAAACUCAACUGAAUCUCUCGUUUAUGAUAUUCUACAAUUGAAUGUGCUGAACACAGGCCGCCCCAUGAUUCAGUUGGCAAGAUAUUCGAGAUAUCGCAGUAUAUAUUUACACAGGAAACUACUCACA